ACCACCAGACAUUCAUCCAGCGGUCUCUGUCAUACACUCGUACACAGUCCAACCUUUUUGUCCUCCUGCCAAUCAGAAACGAAUACGUUGUUUGUCUGGUACUGUGGCGCGCAUACUCAAGCGGAGUUGUUUUUCAUAGCCUAAAGUUAUCAGAAGGUUGGCGGUACAAGGAAUGUUUCCUUCCGUAUAGAUCGUUCUUUGUUUUCGUAUUGCGGUACUGACGUGAUGAACAGCGUACCAUGGUGUUUCUUAGGGAAGGAUUGUGUCCUGGACUGACAUCGGAUGUAAUGCGGGCUUUGAAGGCCCAGCACAUCAGAACAGUCCUAGACCUGGUGGCAUCUGACAUUGAGGAGCUUGCUCAACAGAGUUCCAUCUCUUACAAGACACUUGUUGCAGUAAGACGUGUGCUGCUUGCUCAAUAUUCUGCUUUCCCUUCCAAUGGAGCUGACCUCUACGAGGAGCUUAUGAACUCUACAGCUAUAUUAUCCACAGGAAACAAGAAUCUAGAUAAAUUGCUGGAUUCAGGUCUGUACACAGGAGAAUUGACUGAACUAACUGGAGGCCCUGGCAGUGGAAAGACGCAGCUCUGCCUGGGUGUUGCAGUGAACGUUUCUUAUGAAUUGAAACAGAAUGUUCUUUACAUAGACUCCUCAGGUGGCUUCACUGCUUCUCGUCUUCUUCAGAUGGUUAAGUCCAGGACAGAUUGUAUAGAGGACCAGAUGGAUGCUUUGCGAAGGAUUGAAAUAGUGAAGGUCUUUGAUGUUUUCAAAAUGAUGGAUGCACUUCAGGACCUAAGGAAUAAUUUUCCAAAUGAGGUAGCAGGUGCCUGUGCACCAUUGAAGGUCCUGAUUGUGGAUUCUAUUCCUGCCGUGAUUGCUCCAGUUUUAGGGAGUAAACAUGCUGAGGGAUUGUCAUUGAUGACACAGAUUGCAAGGGAACUGAAAUCCUUGGCAAAGGAUCUCAGCAUUGCUGUACUGGUGACAAACCAUGUAACCCAUGACAGAAGUGGAGGCAUGAAACCAGCCCUAGGUCGCUCUUGGAGUUAUGUUCCCAAUGUCAGAGUCUUAUUGCAGCAUAAAGAUGAAGCUAGGUCAGUACGCUCAGCCAAACGCAUUGCCACCUUACUCAAGUCUUCACGGCAGCCUAUCAGGAUUUCCAAAGACUUUGAUUUGGAGGAUUGCGGGUUCAUGGAAGAGCAUCCCACUGAUACUGACGCAGGAAGAUGAUAGAUGAAUUCUGAACUUCUGUACUGUCGAGCCAGUUGGAGAGUCUUUUAGGUGUAUAUGUCCACCAGUCAUGCAGUCAAGUCAAAUUAAUCCUAUAUGUGGGACCAAGACAGAAGAGUUAUCUGUGCUGACGAGAACUGGCCAUUUGUGUCACCGACAAUAAACUAUCUGUGCUUAUUGCAAAACUGAAUCAAGAGUUGAGUAGAAAAUGUGUUCUUUUUUUUUUUUUCUUUUUUUUAACAUUAGCCCCAGUAAGUACAGUCUACACUUCUGGCGAAAGAAGUGGUGUUUUUGUAUAGUAUUGAUGCUUUUUGUAAGACUGACCAACACAUUAUCCUUGAUCUUCAACAUUGACUGGAAAUCAGGAAGAGAUGUAGAAGAAAAUGUUUCCAGUGUUCCAGCUGUUUUGUCAUGCCACAGAAGGCAAGAUGGAUUAUUUGCAUUUAAUGUGAUUUUUUUAGUUGCAUGUUGUGUUUCACUAUAUUUUGCAAACAAGUAGCUAAGCUUUAUUAGCACUUGUACUGUAUAUUGUAGACACGAUGGCUUAGGAGCCCCCAGUGAUGUACAUAAACAAUAGAUAGGUUAGGCUGUUCUAGAAUCUGCAUUAUAGAGAAUGAUAGACUCCUAGCCAGAAUUAUCCUACUCUGUUUUUAAUUUUGAACUUACCAGAUCAUCUGAACUUUUGUUGAUUUUAGUUUGCACAAAAGGUAGGAAGGGUCUUAGUUUAAGCCAUCUAGGACUGACCAGCAGAUGCUGCCAAAUGGAAUAAUUAAAAAAUGGACAAUUAAAAAAAUAUGCAUACACAUUCAUGUAAAGAGUCUGUACACAAGAGCAAAUAGAUAUUGUCUUGUUCUGAGCGUAUUUUAAUUAUUCUCAUUUUCUGAAAUUUUAUAUAACGUGGAGCACUUUCCUAAAAAUAGUCUACUAAAGAUGGUAACAUAAGUAAAGAAGAGUCUGUUAAAUUAUAUGGCUGCAGUCUCACUAUGACAGUUUGGAUUGUAUGAAAGGAAAAUAGUUCUGAGUGUGGGUACUCAGUGGAGACAGUUGCAGAAAUCCAUUGCACAGGAGAGAGCAGUAUAUAGUUCACUCGACUAUUGUACUGCCAUCUAGAAUACCACCCAUCCAAGGUAUGUUUUGCAGUGUGAUGUUACAGCUUGUCUUCAUGAAGCAAAGGUGUGCAUCACUGAUGUUGAAGCUUGAAUGCAGAAAACGGGAUUAAACACUAGUAAGUUGAGAUAUAGCCUGUAGCACUGUUAAGCUUUGCUUUUGUUAAUUCUGUUGCAUUGUGAAACGGUUUGGUAAGACUGACAUGUAGGUCUUUGGAUCUUAUUGAAUCUUGUGCAAAAAAUAAAGACCAGAACCAGAGGUGUUUGUUUUUGUGCUGUGUGUGCAUCAACACAGUAUCACUGCAUGUUGUACUAUACGCGUAGAAAUGUCCUGUAAAGAAUUUAAGUGAUGUGUUGUCCGAUCUCGCCUUCAUUCUAACCAGGAUGGGUUCGGAUCUGAUCCAUCUCUGCCUUUGUAUGCAAGCUCGAGAUCCUCCACUAGCUCAUGGCUAAACCCUAUCCCAGCAUGCCCUAGGAACAUCUCCCAGAUCUCGUUUGCCACUAAACAGUAUCAGGUGCUGGUUCUACUAGCUCUGGCUAAGUAUAACUUUAAAGUACCUUUCACUGUUUAAAACUUGCUUAUUUGUUGUAGUGGUUAGAAAUUGUAGAUCUGAUGUUGUUAAUCUUUCAUUCAUCACUGAUUGGGUUCGGUUCCGAGCCCUCUGACAUGGGCGCCGGAACCAUAGAGUGAGAGGGAGGAGGAGACCCCCACACACACACUUUUACAGUUGUAAGCAUACCUCCACAUUCCCAAUUUUGUUUUUAAAUUUUUUUUCUUCCACGGUUCGCGCUGAUGUCAGCUCAGGCUGACUGUUUGAAUGAAAUGGCUGCGAGCGCGGAAAGUUUGGGAAGGAAACAGAAUGGAGUUGGCUGCUUGUUUGUGAAUGGCUGCUGGCACAGAAACUACUGCAUCAUGUUGCACGGAAACAGAAUAGAGUUGGUUGCUUGUGAAGGUAUUGUCGGGUUGGAGUUUUUAUUUAAUUUUCUGCAUGCUUUGUGGAAACAGACAGAGUAUUUCUGCUUACCGUACGAACGAAGUCUGCUUUGUAACUGAUAUUUCUGCACUGAACCUGAGCAUUUUCCUUGUGAAUGGAAGUAUUUCUGCUUUCUGAACUUGAACAGAGUCAGAAUAUAUUUCUGUAGUGUGUGUGUGUGUGUGUGUGUGUGUGUGUGUGUGUGUGCGCGUGUGUAUUGUGAUUAAAUAAUAAUACUGUACUUAAAGAGAAUGUUGUGUUAUAUGAUGCAUAAGGAAUCAAAUCAUAGUUGUACGUCCAGUUGUAAAAUGCCAUGCCUAGAAGUGGGAGUCUUUAAUGAUGCUUCUUUUAUAAUCGGUACAAAUUUUCCUGUUGAAGUUUACUUUUAUGAUGAUUUUGGCAUGCAGUUAUACUUUUCUGGAUUUUUCUAUGGAGAGACUUGAUUUAGUAUUAUUGAGCUAAUUAGAAUGUUAUACCCUAUAUAAUUGCCAGAUAUUAGUUCAGUAAAUAACUUUUUAAUUUGUUUCUAACUAUUUAAAUCUGUAUCUGAGCAGUCUGUAUCUAAAUUAAGUGAACUGUAUUUAUUGUUAAAGUUUUGAUCUAGAGACUUUACUAAAGCAGCAAUGAACUCUCAUAGCAUAAAUUCAAGAAUCACAUUGCUUUUAUUUGUUUGUAAGUUAGCUAGUGCUUAUAAGUUUUGUAUUCACUUCUAAAAUUUGUAAGGUGAUUUAGCUUAAGUAAGACAACACAACUGUUAUUCAAUAAAUCCUAUUAUGACAAUG